AUGUCACGCAAAAGAAAAGCCGAAUCCGGCGAAGUCCUCAAAAUCGGCAACAAAACCAUCUCCCUCGAAGGCUAUCUCACCAAGAAACCAAAAACUGCCAGCACCCCUUCAACCUCGACAUCAGACAACAACACCCCAGCACCAUCAACCGAAAAUGAUGCAACAACACCAACAGACCCCAAGGAAUUCAAGCCCUCUCGCCCUCUCACAGGAGAUCCCUCCCUUUUCGCCACCCGCCGCGCCCUCCCUUUGUACCUCUACCAAGACCGGAUCCGCUCCAUUCUGUCUAAGAAGGACGUGCUGGUACUAGUGGGUGAGACCGGUUCGGGUAAAUCUACACAGGUCCCGCAGUUCUUGUACCAGGAGCGGUGGUGUCAGCGACGGAGGGUCAAGGUCAAGACGAAGACAAGGGAGGAGACGGUCAACGUUGGAGGAGUCAUUGCGAUUACCCAGCCUAGAAGGGUCGCUGCUACUACGCUUGCGGGACGUGUGGCGAAGGAGUGCGGGACGCCGUUGGAUACGAGUGGAAGGGGGACAGGGAAAGACCAGGAGAAGGGUCUGGUUGGUUAUUCAGUCCGUUUCGACCAUCGAGUGCCGCCGGGGACGAAGAUCAAGUACGUUACGGAGGGUAUGUUGCUGCAGGAACUGUUGAGGGACCCGCAUCUACGACAGUACUCGGCCAUCAUUGUGGACGAAAUCCACGAACGCAGUGUGGAUGUUGAUUUGCUGUCUGGUUUCCUCAAGCAGAUUGUUACGGGCGACAAGGCCGGUCGUGGAGGGAUCCCGCUCAAGGUGGUGGUCAUGAGUGCUACAGCACAGGUCGAAAGAAUCAAAAAGUUCUUUUCCAGCGACGACAGUCUUAAGAAGGGGACAUCCGGGGAAGAAGUGGAAUACCUCGAGAUCGAAGGCCGACAGUUCCCCGUCGAAGUUAUCCACGAGCCCAAACCCGUUCCAGACAUCCAGGAGGCACUCCUCAAAACCGUCUUCAAAAUUCACACCCAAGAGCCGCUCUCCGACAAACACGGCAAGAAGGACAUCCUGUGCUUCCUGACAGGUCAGGAGGAGAUUGAGGCUGCCCAGAGACUCAUUGAAGAAUUCGCCGAAACCCUCGACCCCAAAGUGCCCAAAGUCAAAGUCUUCCCGCUCUUCGGCCAGCUCUCCAUGGAAGCCCAGCACGAAGCCUUCCAGCCCAUCAAGCACCCCUUCACGCGCAAGAUCGUGCUAGCCACCAACAUUGCCGAAACCUCCGUCACCGUCCCCGGCGUGCGCUACGUGGUCGACUGCGGCAAAGCCAAAGUCAAACAAUACCGUCCCCGUCUCGGCAUGGAAUCGCUGCUCGCCAAACCCAUCUCCAAAUCCUCCGCCAUCCAACGAACCGGUCGUGCCGGCCGUGAAGGCCCCGGUAAAUGCUUCCGUCUCUACACAGCCGACACCUUCGCCACCCUGCCAAAGACGGACCUCCCCGAGAUUCUGCGGACCGACGUCCUCGGCGCCGUCCUGACAAUGAAAGCCCGCGGCAUCGACGACGUGCUCUCUUUUCCCUUGAUGGACCGUCCGGAAAUUGACGCCGUCGAAAACGCUCUCGUGCACUUACACGUCUUGGGGGCACUAGGCGACGACGGCCGCAUCACCGACACAGGCCGCAAAAUGGUCUUGUUCCCCGUCACUGCGCCCUACGCGCGCGUCUUGCUCGCGGCCGCUGACCCCCGCUAUGACUGCCUUUUGGAAGCCAUUGACAUCAUUUCGUGCAUCACAGCUGGCGACGACAUCUUCAUGCAAGUCCGCUCGGAAAAAGACAAGGAAGCCGUGGACGUGUACAGGAAAGAACUCCAGCGUCGCGAGGGCGAUUUAAUCACGUACCUGAAUACCAUGCAACGCUUCGUUUCCACCCCUUCCGCGGAUCGCGGAACCUUUUGCAAACAACGCCGGAUUAAUGUGCGGAAUAUGCGGCAGGCGCUGAAUAUCAGGAAACAACUCCGGUCGCUGUCGGUCAAGAAUAAGAUGCUGGCGGAGUUUCCGAUGCCGGAUGCGGAGGUGACGUACCAGCCUGUGUCGCCGGAGACGGCAGAGAGGAUCCUCAAGGCGUUCUUGAAGGGGUUCGCGAUGAAGACGGCGGUGUUAGCGCCUGAUGCGAGUUAUGUGACUGCCCAUGGGAAGCAUGUGGUUGCUAUUCAUCCGAGUAGUAGUUUGCAUGGGGUCAAGAGGGAGGCGAUCAUGUUUUUGGAGCAUGUGUAUACGCAAAAGAAUUAUGCAAAGAAGGUGAGCGCCAUUCAGGCGGGGUGGAUUGCUGAGGCGUUGGCUGCCUAACCUGAACGUGUGUUCUAGUGGGUAGCAGGGUUUAUUAUGGCCAGAGAUGUGAAAAUGGUGGUCAAGUGGUAGAGAAGGUGUGAGGUAUAGAUACCCUAGAUAGAGGUGCUGAAUGCAUGUACUUAAGUCU